CUAGAAUUUUCCUUAGAAUUAUCGGCAAUGGAGGAUGAGGGAUCCGAUGCUUCUCAGCAGUCACCACAGUCACGCCGCUGACCAAGGCGCUGCAGUCCAUCCGUUGUGAGUCAUGGAGGUGUAGAAGAGAUUGCAGAGGCGAUCAUCUUUUGAACAUUUCUCCUUUGUAGGAACAAGUAACAUCAAACAAAUGGCGGAGGCAAUUGUGUCCUUUGCUGUGGAAAGGCUAGGUGACCUGUUGAUUCAAGAGGCAAGUUUCUUGCAUGGGGUGACUGACAAAAUUGCAGAAAUUCAGGUCGAGCUUAGGCGGAUGAAAUGUUUUCUGAAAGAUGCAGACGCAAGACGAGAUGAGGAUGAGACAAUUCGCAAUUGGGUUGCUGAAAUUAGAGAGGCUGCAUAUGAUGCCGAAGACACUGUAGAGACUUUUGCCUUCAAGGUUGCCAGGAGGAGGAGAAGUGGCCUUCAAAACAUCCUCAAGAGGUAUGCUUGCAUCUUAUCAGAAUUUAAAGCACUCCAUGAGGUUGGGACAGAGAUUGAUGCCAUAAAAAACAGAAUCUCCAGUCUCAGUACAAGUUUACAGAGCUAUAACAUAAAGAGCAUAGAAGGAGAAAGCUCCGGUUCCAGAAAUGAGAGGCAACGUAUCCUCAGGCGGUCUUACUCCCACGUUGUUGAUGAAGACACACUUGGAGUGGAGGGAAACGUGAAGAUCUUGAUGGAACAGCUCGUGCAACCUGACAAAAGAUGCUCAGUUGUGUCGAUAUGGGGUAUGGGGGGCCUGGGAAAAACCACUCUCGCAAAGAAGGUUUACCAUCAUGGUGCUGUUAGGCGUCAUUUUGAUUGUUUUGCUUGGAGUUCCGUAUCUCAACAAUUCAACAUCAGAGCGGUUGUACAAGAAAUAUUAAUCAACUUCAUGUCUCCUCCUCAAGAGCAGAGGAAGGAAAUUGAGAAGAUGAGUGACAAUGAGGUAUUAAAGAGAGUUUAUCGAAUACAAGAGGAAAAGAAAUGUCUGGUGAUUCUGGACGAUGUGUGGACUACAGAAGCUUGGGACACGCUAAGACCUGCCUUUCCACUGCAAAAGGUAGGCAGCAAGAUACUACUCACCACCCGGAACAAAGCGGUGGCUUCACAUGCGGAUCCACAAGGCUUCUUGUACCAACCAAAGUGUUUAACUGAGGAAGAGAGUUGGGAGCUUCUUCAGAGAAGAGCCUUCCUCAGAAAUGAUAAUGGUACAGAUCCUACCAUUAACAACAUGGAGGAGGUGGGAAAGGAAAUGGCUAGAUAUUGUGGAGGUUUGCCAUUGGCUGUUGUUGUGCUUGGAGGACUUCUAGCUACAAACCACACGUUGUAUGAUUGGGAGAGAAUUCAUAGAAAUAUUAAAUCAUACUUGAUGAGAGGCAUAGACAAUUACAAGCAGCAAGACAGUGGAGUCUCCAAUGUGUUAGCUUUAAGUUACCAAGAUUUGUCAUGCCACUUAAAAUCUUGCUUUCUCUAUUUAGCCCAUUUCCCCGAGGACUAUGAAAUUCGAACAAAAAGUUUGGUUCGAAUGUGGGUGGCUGAAGGGAUUAUAUCAAAGGUGGGAGAACAAACAUUGGAGGAUGUUGCAGAAGGGUAUCUGGAUGAGCUCAUUCAAAGGUGUAUGGUUCAAGUAGGAAGAACAAGUUCAAAUGGAAGAGUCCAUACUAUCCAGUUGCAUGACCUAAUGCGAGAUUUAUGCUUGUCAAAGGCAAAAGAAGAAAAUUUUCUUGAGAUUAUCGGUUUUCAGCAAGUGGAAACAUUUUCAUCUUCUGUGGUAACAACACCUACUCUAGAUAAAGUCCGAAGACGUGCCAUAUAUCUAGAUCAAUCUCUUCCUGUACAGAGUGAUGCAGAGGCUAGAGCAGUCUCCAAAAAUAAAGAUGAAGAUGCUAAUAUUUAUGUCAAAUUGAACCCAGAAAAUGGCACACCCCUCCGAUCUCUUCUAAUAUUCUCUCCACCAAAAGAAGUGACAGUACACUGGAUGCUGAGGAAGUUGAACCUGAAGAAGUUCACAUUAUUAAGAGUGUUAAGUCUUGAGGGACUUUCACUGGGAGAAAAAUUACCAAAAUCAAUAGGCAACCUCGUACACUUGAAGUUCUUGAGUUUUAAAUAUGCUAGUCUCUUACACUUCCCAUCAUCUAUAAGAAAUUUAGGUUGCAUCCAGACCCUGGAUUUACGGAUUACUCGACCGAUGAUUUGUUUUAGAAUGAACGAAGUGAUAGGUAGGAUGAAAUGGCUAAGACAUCUCUACCUUCCUUUCGAUCUUCAUGUGGGUAAUAGUAAGGUGCAAUGGGGCAACCUGAGUAACUUGGAGACGUUAAAAAACUUUGAUGCAGUACAAUGGGACAUAAAAGAUUUGGCCCACUUGACCAAGCUUCAAAAAUUGGAAGUGAAGAGAGUCAAAAGCUUUAAAGAGUUGGAUGUAAUUCUCAAACCCUCCCAUCCCAUUUCAAGCAAUCUUCGUUCCUUAGGUUUGAAACAUGUUGGUACCAAAGUGGAAGAAAUAGAUCUAAAGCAACUAUCAAUGUGUCCACAUCUUUAUAAGUUACGCCUACAUGGAGAAAUAAGCAACUUGCCUGGGCACUUCUUCUUCCCUCCAAACCUCACUAUGUUAACCUUGAGAUCUUCUAAACUAAAACAGGACCCGACACCGAUUCUAGAGUGCCUUCUUAACUUGACAAUCCUUUCCUUAUUGCGUGAUUUUUACAUUGGGGAGGAAAUGGUUUUCUCUAAGAAUGGGUUCCCUCGGCUCAAAGAUCUGGCAAUCUUCAGUCACUCCGUGAAAAGGUUGAAGGUGGAUAAAGGUGCAAUGCCUAAUCUUAAGAAUUUAGCUAUUGUUGAUUGUACAUCAUUGGAAAUGGUUCCUGAAGAAGUGAAGUAUAUCACUACCCUUCAGACAUUGGACGUUGCCUUUAUGCCCAAAGAUUUCAUACAGAGGCUUCAAGUGAUAAAUGGGAAAGAAGGGGAGGAUUUCUACAAAGUCGAACACGUGCCGUCCAUCAAAUUAAUUGAUGAUGAGGGUGAAAGGAGAAGUGUCCGCCCAUGAAGAAAAUGAAAUACGGAUUCCAUCCAUCGGACGUGGUCAAUGAUGGAGAAGUGAUGCUAAAUGGCAGUUGGUGCUUGUUAGGAAGCAGCCUUGUUCCUACUCCGUAAAUGAUGUUAGACUUAUUAUGAUUUGAUCAUAAUAUUCCUAUAAUUUUUUUUUCUUCCUUCUAAUUGGUGUGUUGGCUUGUUUAUGACUGAAUCCGGGAUUGUUCUUCUGUUAAUUGGUUGUGGUUGUGCAUUUGUUGUCAUGUUGCGUGCAAAUAAAAUUGGUUAUCUCAAUA